AUGGCGCUUCCAAACUUUCCGACGCUGCAGAGACCACCUUUGCGGGAUGCCACAAAACAAAUUCGCUUGUUGGAGCUUCAGCUUGACGGGAGGCAGGAUGGAGGGGACACCAUCGAAUGCACCUUGAGCGUGCACAACGUCCUCGAUAUCGCUGGAGGAUACGUCGCUGUGUCGUAUGUUUGGGGAGAGAGCGAAGAUGCACGAAGGAUCCUCAUAGACGGUCAAUGGCACCCCGUUCGCCUGAACUGUUGGGAGGCACUACGCCAAAUGAAGCAGCAUGGUAUCAGCGAACCCUGCUUCGUGGACUCGAUAUGCAUCGACCAGGGCUGCCAUCGUGAGAAGGCGGAGCAGGUAGGCCAAAUGGGUGCCAUUUACUCCGGUGCAAGACUCGUAGCAGCUUGCCUAGGACCUGAAGCCGCCGGAGAGAAUUUGGCAAAGCGGUUGUUUAGCGCCAACAUGCUCUCCGUACAGGCAAGCGGCUUGAAUUGGCUACGCAUGCUGGAGCACAUCGCAUCACGAGCUUACUUCACACGCGUCUUCACACUCCAGGAGUGCAUGUUGGCUCAAGAGGUAGACUUGUUUUAUGGCGAGGCACGAGUACCACUGAACGUCCUGGAACAGAGACUGAAUCGGCAAAGGCAAUUGUUCGUGGGAACGAUAUAUCUGGACCGGCUGGCUUCGUUCUUGAACGACUUUGCUAUGAUGAACAAGAUGUCUGCCUCUAUCCACACCGAAGCCAACUCCAAUCUCAGAGCCCUGCGAAGUAAACCACCAUCACUUUACUCUGCGACUGUAAUCAUUCGCUACGCCCAUCGGCACUGCAAAUAUCCUCGCGACAAAUUGUUCGGUCUCUAUUCGCUCAUUGACCCAGCUGCUCGCGCACGCAUCGUAAUUGACUACGAGAUGCCACUCUUUGACGUGCUGCUGGCCUACAUUGGGUCGUACCGAUGUCUCCAGGACCAAGGUGCUCGUGAAGCGCACCUGUCCGUUCGAGGCAACUCAGAGUUUGACACAGGCAACUUGGUCUUCAUGGUGCCCAGACAAACCAGAGAAGGCGAUGUGCUGCUCUCGAUCGGCCCAAGCUCACUCCGAGCAAGCCCCAAACCGGAUGUACAACAGGACUCGCGCAGACUGUACGUCGUCUGCAGAAAGGAGGCGAGAACGGAUCGCUACAGCAUACUCGGGCCAGCUUCACACCGAACCGUACGGGACAGCGGGGCAGGCCAGAUGUGCUCGUGGCCGGGCGACCGUCCAUGGUCGUAUGCUUUGACUAAGCGAGCGACGAUAAGCCGUGAGGACCUUCUCUGCUUGUCGGUGUGCAGCUUCGAUGGUAUUUUAAGACGCCACAGUCGCGACUAUCUCUACAACACCCUAGGCCUUACGAAGGUUGUGAUGCCUGGAGAGCAGCAAUAUGGGCAAGUUGCUUCGGAAUUGGAGCAACACGUUGCCACGUUCCUCGGGUACGAUGCCCUCCAGCAGUUGGCUUCUGUACAGAACCUCUAA